UAUCCAAUUUAAGUGGAUAGAGAAAUCCUCCGAUUUAAAUAAAUAGGGUAUUACCCAAUUCAAAUGGAAAGCAUAAAUCCUAAUUCCAGGAAAGUACUACCCAAACGCCUCCAAUUAAAUCCCUUGCAUUCUAGGGAUUGCGUUCUGUCAGCUUCUCUCUCUGGUCAAGAUGGUUCUUCAAAACGACAUCGAUCUGCUCAAUCCUCCGGCCGAGCUUGAGAGACGGAAGCACAAGCUCAAGCGUCUCGUGCAAUCUCCCAACUCUUUCUUCAUGGAUGUGAAGUGCCAGGGUUGCUUCAACAUAACGACGGUGUUCAGUCACUCGCAAACGGUGGUGGUGUGUGGAAACUGCCAGACGGUUCUGUGCCAGCCGACUGGUGGGCGUGCUAGGCUUACCGAGGGUUGCUCUUUCAGAAGGAAGAAUGAUUGAUUCAUUCUGAGCUGUUUGCUUAGUAGAGUUCCUUUGGGGCACGCCUGCUUUUUGUUUAGAAAUCGGUUAUUACUUUAGGAACAAGUUUUGGACAUCUUUUGUUACAUUGUUGUUGGUAUCUUAAUUAUUUUUGGUGAAUUGGAGCUCGGUUUUGUUUGACAUUACCAAUUAUAUCCUUACCCUAUUUGUCAUGCUCGUUGCUUUUCUUA